CAAGACCCUGCAUUCACUCUAUCUGGUCUGCCACAGACCCUGCAUUCACUAUAUCUGGUCUUCCACAGACUCUGCAUUCACUAUAUCUGGUCUCCUACCGUACACACAACAUGGAAAUGCAAUUAUUUUAGUAAAUAUAAACUGUUAAAUACCUUUUCUUAUCAGCAGUUAGAGCAGUCUUGUGACUUCAGCAAAGCACUGGUUACAGCUUGUAGGAGGAGUUUUCUUUCUUCUCUA